AAUAGAACACUGAAACUGGAGCGAGAGAAAGAAAAAGAGCGAAAGAGAGAGAAGAAGGGGGACAAAGUGGGAGAGAUAGUUGGGGUAGAGCAGCAUGGAGAAAGUCUUCAUCACCACGGUUAUCCUUCUGUUAGCUCUGUGUCCAGCUGAGUCAGAGGGUUUGGAGGUGACUGGACUUGUUGGAGGACAGGUGGAAAUCAAAUGCUCACAUAAAUUCGCAAAGGGUAACAAAAAAUACUUCUGCAAGGACACCUGCACUCAUUCAGAUAUUCUGGUUCAAACUGAGGACAGCAAGAAAUAUAUUAAGACAGGGAGAUACAGUAUAGAUGACAGAGGAGAUGGAGACUUUACUGUUACCAUCAACAACCUGAAGAUGUCAGACUCUGGGACCUACAAAUGUGGAGUGGACAGAUUCUUCAUAGACACUUCCCAGAAAGUGCUUCUCAGAGUUUUAGACGCUCCGCCUAUUCAGCCUGACAUCACUAGGACCAGUCCCCACCCCCCUGUCAUAGUCAGCAGGACAACGGUAGUCAUAACAACAGAGAAAGCGGUGAGCGGAAAAUCAUUAACAACAGCAACCCCAACAGAAGCAAUGACACCCGAUUCAGCCGCUAGUGUGCUGGUGUAUAUCGGGACAGGUCUGGGGAUGGUGGUGUGUGUGUUGGUCCUCGUUCUCCUCAUAUUCAUCAGACAAAGGAACAGAACAAAAAUAACUGAAUCUGAUAACUCCAAAAGGACUGCCUUCCAACCCAUAUACUCCACACCAACCAAUCAGAACAUAGAUACAGCCUGUGACAUCACCACAUCAACCAUUUCUUGUCCAGAUGACAUCUACUCCAACAUUGAUCCGUCUGCAGAGGUUCCAGACACUGUGAGCUAUGCUACUGUCAACUUCCCCAGAGAUCCAGCCUACCUCCAUUAUGCUACUGUCAACUUCCCCAGAGAUCUAGCCUGUCUCCACUAUGAAACUGUCAACUUCACCAGAGAUCCAGCCUGACUCCACUAUGCUACUGUCAACUUCCCCAGAGAUCCAGCCUGUCUCCACAAUGCUACUGUCAACUUCCCCAGAGAUCCAGCCUGUCUCCACUAUGCUACUGUCAACUUCCCCAGAGAUCCAGCCUGUCUCCACAAUGCUACUGUCAACUUCCCCAGAGAUCCAGCCUGUCUCCACUAUGCUACUGUCACAUUCCCAGAGAUCCAGCCUGUCUCCACUAUGCUACUAUCAACUUCCCCAGAGAUCCAGCAUGAAUUCACGUUUUCAUGUCAUUUAUUCAUUCAUUUGUGUUUUUAAUUAAUUCAUUUAUUUGAUCAAUCAUUUGUUAAUUAGUUCAUUCAUUCAUUCAUUCUUUUAUUGUUUUGUUUCUUCGUUAAUUCAUGUUUUAUUCUUAUUUUUGUAUAAUUAUUUUGAUAAUUCGUUCUUCAGUUUGUUCAUUCGUUCUUUAGUUUGUUUGUCGGUCCGUCGGUACGUCCGUUCAUUCAUUCAUUCUCUCAUUGUUUCUACUGUGAAUGUAAAACUGGCUUGAACAAAAAGAGACAGUUUGUAGCUUUUAUAAACCUUUGAUUAUUCAGUGUUUCUUACUCCACUUGAUGGGAAAUUAGCCUAUUUGUAUUUAUCAAUAAAGCACCAAUAUAUUUCUAUGUGUUUGAUACGUUCCAUUCUAGCCAUUACUAUAAGUAGUCCUCCCCUCACCAGCCUCCACUGCUGCUGUCAGUA